AUGCCAUUCCACGAUGGCGAGUUUGGCUUGCUGUACAUGAACCGGGACCGGUUUGACUUCAGCCUUCACUUUGAACAACUCUUCUUCUCUAUUCUUCCAUGCACCUUGUUUAUCGUAUGCUCACUAUGGCGCGCUAUCACUCUGUCACGCAAGCCCCUAAUGGUUCAUGCACCAAUCUUCCAGCUCAUAAAAUUGGGAGCUAUCAUAACAUAUGUUGGCCUUCAGAUCGCACUGCUGAUUCAAGUCGGCAUUGGUUCUUUCCAUGUCACCCCAAUCUUCAUCGCAUCUUCUGUUAUCAAUCUCUUAGCAGCGUUGGCUAUGGUGAUGAUCAGUUAUACUGACCAUAACAGGAGUCCACGUCCCUCAAUCCUCUUAAGCACCUUUCUGUUCCUGACUCUACUGUUUGACAUUGCUCAGUCCCGCACGCUGUUCCUCCUCUCUGAGAGUACACCAGAGAUUACCUACAGUGCUGUUUUUACAACCUCUUUGGCCGUCAAGGUCGUCAUUUUGUUCCUGGAAACCAAGUCUAAGAACAAAUGGAUAACAUGGGACAGAGAUGAGCAUAGUCCCGAAGAAACCAGCAGUAUCUUCUCACUCGGCGUCCUGUCAUGGCUAAACAGUAUUUUCCUGCAAGGUUACAGAUCGACACUUUCCAUGGAUGAUCUUUACCCUCUGGAUGUUGCUCUGCAUACCAAGGAACUCCAUGAUAGGUUCUUGGCCAACAUGGACUACAGCAAGCUCAAAGGAGAUAGCUACGGUCUCGUCAAAGUCCUCGCCAAGACUCUUAUUGUCCCUCUCCUCCUGCCAAUUCCUUUGAGACUCGCUCUUCUAGGCUUCACUUUCUGUCAACCAUUCUUCAUUGAGAAGCUGUUAGAUCAUCUUUCGCAGCCUGAAAUUGAAGCCAAUGUGGGAUAUGGUUUUAUAGGUGCUGCAAUACUGAUCUACCUUGGUAUGGCUGUCUCGGCAGCUCUUUGCUGGUAUCUUCAUCAACGCAUGAGAGCCAUGACUAGAUCCAUAUUGGUGACAGAAAUAUUUUCCAGAGCCACACAAGCCCGCAUCGGAGCAGAGGACCAUAACGCUGCUCUGACUCUGAUGAGUACUGACAUCGAAAGAAUCAGACUCGGUCUCAGAAUGCUGCAUAAUGUCUGGGCAGGCGUUAUACAGGCUGCCCUAGCUGCUUGGAUGUUGUAUAUCAGGUUGGGACUGGUCUUCCUGGUGCCAAUAGGAGUAGUUGUGGUAUGCUUCACUCUCUUGGGAGUUCUGGUAAACUUCACAGGAGAUUCCCAGAGAGCGUGGAUGACAGGUGUGCAGAAGCGCGUCAGCUUGACGGCCACAGUCAUUGCUGGAAUGAAGAACCUCAAGCUUUCCGGUCUGGCUUCCACUGUGAGCUCCUUCGUCCAGAACUUACGAGUGGAGGAGCUUGCUGCUGGUGCUCGGUUUCGAAAGAUCUUCAUUGUAGCCGCGAUGCUUGGCUUCACACCCAUGCUCAUCAGUCCUCCACUGACCCUUGCCUUUACUCGGGCUUCACUUGAUACCUCAAAGGUCUUCACGAGUCUGGCAUUUUUGAUGCUCCUUACCAAUCCCCUCUCUCAAAUCUUCACCUCCAUACCCGAGCUCGUCUCUGGAAUCGCCUGCAUUGGUCGAAUCCAGGCCUUUUUGGAAUGCGAGACUCGUCAUGACUUCCGCCAAGUCCUGUCGGAUCGCAAGAAGAAUCUCAGUUUCACUGAAGUUGAAGCAGACACGGGAAGCUCAGAAAUCGAAACGGCACCCGACUCUACCAUGAUCAGUAUAAAGAAUGGCAGUUUUGGCUGGAAGGAAAAUGUCUUUGUUCUUCAAGAUAUCAAUGCACACAUCAAAAAGUCUUCUCUUACCAUGGUAAUUGGGCCAGUAGGUUCCGGAAAGUCAACCUUCUGCAAGACCCUUCUGGGUGAAAUACCAUUGAGCCGAGGGAGUGUAGUGUUGAGUAUGAGAUACCCUCGUAUCGGGUUCUGUGAACAGACUGCUUUUCUGUGGAAUGGAACCAUUCGCGAUAACAUACUUGGCUUUUCGCUCUAUGAUGAAAAGAGAUACAAUUCAGUCAUCCAGGCCACAGAAUUGUCAGUAGACUUUGCCGAACUCGCCCAGGGAGAUCAAACCAACGUCGGAUCGGAUGGCAUUACCCUGUCAGGAGGUCAAAAGCAGCGUGUUUCCUUAGCGCGUGCCUUGUAUCUAGAGUCCGACUUGGUGAUACUGGACGAUGUGUUCAGCGGUCUCGAUGCAGAUACAGAGCUGCACGUUUUCCAACGAGUAUUUGGACCGGGAGGCUUACUUAGAGGGAGACACACGACUGUUGUAUUGUGUACUCAUAGCGUUCGCUUUCUCCCAUUCUCUGACCACGUCAUCGCACUUGGAGAUAACACUAUCAAGGAGCAAGGCAGCUUCAAGGAACUUGCCGAGCAAGGAGGUUACGUCAAGAGUCUCGGCAUACGUGAUUCAACUGGCGGUGACGAGAGCGACGCUGCGUCUGAAACAGAAGCCUCAAAAGAACGGACUGAAGCACAAAUGGAUGCGCAAGGCUCACCAGACGGGUCCCCAGGAGCCCAAGUCAACGUCGAUGACCCGAACCGUGCAACGGGCGACAAGGCAGUUUAUAAGUACUAUUUCCUGAGCAUGGGACUCUUGGUAGCAUUCUGCUGUUUCUUCUUGGCUGCGCUCUGGGGCUUCUUUACCAAUUUCCCCACCAUUUGGAUUAAAUUCUGGACUGAUGAUAUAUCAUCGGACACCCGAAGUCACUCUCAUGCUUACUAUGUCGGCAUAUACGCGUUGUUGCAGGUCUCUGCUUUGAUCUCUUUGCUACUUCUCGGCAUCACUCUUUUUAUUGUGUCGAUCAAGAGAGCUGGUGCUAAUCUCCAUCAUGAUACACUCACAACGUUGAUCCAGGCCCCCUUGUCCUUUUUCACACACACCGACACCGGCGUUAUUACCAAUCUGUUCUCACAAGAUCUAAAUCUGAUUGAUACUGAACUUCCAGAUGCUUUGUUGAACACCUUGUUCUGUGUUUUCCAAGCCCUCGGACAAGCUGCAGUUAUGCCAAUCUCAUCGGCAUACUUGGCUAUUAGUUAUCCGUUCCUGGCUGUGAUACUCUACUCCAUUCAAAAGUUCUAUCUAAGGACUUGGAGACAGCUAAGGCUGCUAGAUCUCGAGGCUAAAAGCCCCUUAUACACCCAUUUCAUGGACACCGUGAGGGGCAUCACGACUCUACGGGCUUUCGGCUACAUCUCCGAUGAAGUGUCUAAGAAUGCUAGGCUACUCAAUAGAAGCCAACAGCCCGCCUACCUUCUUGCCAUGGUGCAAGAGUGGCUGAAUCUCGUCUUGGACAUGAUAGUCAUGCUACUGGCAGCAGUAUUAACGAUACUUGUAGUGAGGCUGCACUCAAAUUCAGGGUUUACAGGUGCUUCUUUGGUUACUCUUAUGAGUUUCGGAGAAAGUCUAUCUGGUAUCGUCAUUUACUACACACGCCUCGAAACAUCCAUAGGCGCCAUCUCCAGGCUCAAGACUUUCAAUACAACAGUCAAACCUGAGGGUAAAGAGGGAGAGGACAUGGUGCCCCCUGAGAAUUGGCCACAACAUGGCAGCGUGGAACUGAACAACAUUUCAGCGAGCUAUCAGAUGGAGAGCGACAGCGCUGAUGAGCCUGAUUUGGCUCUUGAUAACGUUUGCCUGAGCAUCAAGCCAGGAGAGAAGGUGGCCAUUUGCGGCCGGACAGGCAGUGGCAAAUCAAGUCUUGUAUCCUUGCUGCUGAAACUCCUCGAUCCUCUGCCAGGCACCCCCAAUGAAGGUAUUCUGAUUGAUGGUCUCCCACUUAACAGGCUGGACAGACGUGUUCUUCGUCAACGAGUCAUUGCGGUGCCUCAGGAGGCCGUUUUCUUGCCUGAUGGCGUGACUUUUAAAGAGAAUCUGGACCCUUCAGGCCUCUCAACCCCGGAUGAAUGCAAAUCUGUUCUUAUAGAUAUCGGGUUAUGGGACUUUGUUCAGGGUCGUGGCGGUAUCGACGCUGGCAUGACGUCUUCAACUCUUAGCGGAGGUCAACGACAGCUCCUGUCGAUGGGACGUUCUUUGCUACGACGCCGAGCCCGAGCACAGAAGACAACAGGCCAUGGGAGUGUGACAGAAAAGAUGGAGGACCAAGGUGGCUUACUGCUGCUCGACGAAGUUAACUCCAGUGUCGAUCAGGACAUGGAACUCAUCAUCAAGCGGAUCAUCGAGACUGAGUUUGACGCAUACACGGUGAUUGCCGUAAGUCACCGUCUGGAUAUGAUUAUGGAUUUUGAUACGGUCGUGGUCCUUGAUACUGGGAAGCUUGUUGAGGUUGGAAAUCCUCGGGCGUUGGCUAGCACAGAAGGAAGCAGAUUCGCUAGUCUUGUAAGGGCUGGGGGAAAGUAG